AUGGAUCCCCAGCUACCAAGAUUUAGGGUCCAAAAUUUCGCGCCGAGUGAACUUACAUUGUGCAUUUUGGACACCUUUGGAAAUGCUCAGAGUACAGUAUUGUGGACAAAUAGCAUUGCACAAGGUAGUACAACCGGCCGAAUGCCACCGACAACACGCAGGAUCAACACUAUGUACCGGCCCCGAACCCGAGCCCGGAGUGCGACGUCACGUCGCCGAGCAACCGUUUCCAAACACAAGAUGGCGGCGGCAGAGGUUCUGGGAAAUCAAUUAAAACUCUACAAAAUCAGAAAGAAUAAUGAUGUAAUUGAACUUUAUCUGGCCAAAAAAAGACUAACAGAAGUUCCUGACUUGUCAAGAUUUAAACAGUUGAAAUACUUGUGGUUAAAUCACAACAAGAUUAAAAAGAUAAAUUCCUUGACAAUGAAUUAUUGCCUCAAAGAGCUAUACUUACAAAACAACCUGCUCACUGAUGUAACAGAUACUCUGAAACACUUGACAAACUUGGAGAUAUUGAUGCUACACAACAAUUGGCUUACUAAGUUGGAGAAGGUUGUAGCAGAAUUAAAGAAAUUGAUGUGGUUGCACACAUUAAAUCUAUUCAAUAAUCCUUUGACACAAGAUCGAGAUUAUCGUUUAUAUGUCAUCUACCAUCUACCUUCAGUGCAGCUGCUUGAUAGAAAAUACAUACUCCAGAAGGAACGGGAUGCGGCAUUCAGUUUCUGCAACCAAGACCGAAUGCGAAUCCAACGAUCUUUGGCAUUUGGGCAGAGGAUACAUACUCAAUUACUUAAACAGACAACACCAAAGAAAAAUAAUUAUACAUAUCCAGGUUGGAUGACACCAGUUCCUCACGAGAAAGGUAUUCUCAAGAAAAUGAAAAAAAAGAUUAGUGAAACUUCAAAAGAGAAGGCUGUUGAACUAGUAAGCAAAAAUUCAGAAAUGAAGUUUUCCACUUUUAACUGGAGCAAAGUGCCUAAUACACAGCAGAAGCAAGGAGAUGAAAAUUCUCAGAUAAUUACUACCAAAUUCAGAUAA